CCAAACGCGGAGGCUGACAUAUCCUGUCGCCAGGAACUUGGCAACUUGGGUACUUGGGAAACAGGAACCCAGGCUAUAGGAGCUAUAGCCUUUCUAACUUCUCCCGGCCAAGGUGUGCGUGUGCGCGAGUGUGGGUAUCCUGGCUGUUGCUGCUGCUGUAACGGUGUGUGCUUUGUGCGUAUGUGAGUGUGUGCGUAGCCGUGUUGUUGGCCAAACAAAAGCCAGAAGAAGUGACGAAUAAAUUUAUAAUCGCGCGCUUAACACACGCUACCUGAAAAUAUACAUUUUGCAAAAAGUACUACUCUCACUUUAAGACUAAAAAAUUGUUUAGACGCGCAGACCUCCAGUCCCAGCCACGCAGGCCGAUUUCAAAUCAAAAGGCAAAAACCGAAUGCACAUCGACGGCGCACAACAAAUCGAGCAGCACGAUGCCGACUCAAUGCUGAUGAUGAUUUAGAUGGCAAAGGAUCUGGAACAGUAGGUGUAGUCAUAGUCGAAAUCCCGAAUCCGAGUCUGUUUAUGAAACUGAAGGCGGUGGCGGCUGAACGGAAAUGAAAUCAAAUCGCACAGGAGCAGCUGCAGCCGGCGGCAAUAAUACCGUUUUUGAGUUAUGGCCAAAGUUAAUUAAAAGCCAAGUGCGCAACUAGAGCUACACAUAAAUCAAUCUGGAUCGAGAGCUGGCGCAACAUGCAGAACUGGUAUGCCAAUAUACCCCUGUCAAUGCCUAUUUACAUGGCCAAUGAAAAAUGGCCAUCAGAGGAGAGAAUAAACAAUACCUGGCCAAGAGAAAUGAAAACAAUCCAAAUCGAAAUGACUUAAUGCGGCUUACCAGCUUGCAGCAGAAAAAACGAACAUAACGUAUAUAACGUAUACGCACCGUCCAACACGGCGGAUGCAUGAUUAAUUGCACUUUAAAUACACAAGCGAAACGAACGAGAAACGCAUUUUCAACCAAGGAAAGGGCCAGUAAAAACAACCUUCAAAAUGUUGCCAACAAAUGUGAUGUCAUUCAUGAAAAAGAUGGUGGCCACCGACGAGCAGACCAGCGAACGGCAGCAGCAUGCAGCGGACUCGGGAGGAGGGGCCUCCCAAACGGGGGCCCUGAACAAGAUGAAGGCUACGAUUUCCUCCUCGCUGCUCACCGUCACAGAUAAAGUUAAUAAAAUGUCGCCACGCCCCUCGCUGGUGCCGACGGAUGCGGAUACCAGCGGCAGUUACGGCUCGCCCAGCUAUCAAAGCCAGCAGCAGCAGCAGCAGGACUACGGCAGCAGUCUGAAUAACAACAAUAACAACAGCAGCGGCGGCGGCACGGCGACAACGGGCGGCGGUGGAGGUGGGGCGGCGGCCAAACAGGAGCCAGGACGAAGGGCCGGAGCCUGCCGGGUGUGUCUGAAGUCCUUCAAGCCGGACGACUACCACAAGACGUGCUUCGAGUGCCAGCAGCGAGUGUGCGAGGACUGCGCCAGCUACAGCAAGCUGGACGAGCACGAGGAUGCGACCAUGUGGCGCUGCAGCGUGUGCCGCCGGAAAAUGGCCUCGCGUGUGUGCAUUCCGCAGGACUCGACGGACUCGAUGCUGGACGUUCCGGUGCUGGAGGCACUGCAGCGGCGACACUCGGACGCCAAGCUGGGCAGCAGCACGCAGACCCUGGCCCCCAGCAAUGGAGCAGCCCUUGCCCCGCCGCGAAGUCCCGAACUGCGACGCCACUCGGAUGUUUCGCCAGCCUCGCUGAAGGAGUUGGAGCGGCAACUGAAAGGCGGCCGCAGCAUGGCGCCCAGUCGAUCCAAUAGUCCGCCGAGGGGCGAGGGCCCAGAUGGACAGCCCCCCUUCGGUGCGCCCCUGUCGCGCAUGCAGUCGCGAAGGGGGUCGCGGGUGGCACGGCAGCACAGCUACGAUGACGACAUGAAGACCGGACCCGUGGGUGGCAGCAUGGGCGGUGGUGGUCCGGCGCUGGGUUUGGGUGCGGAUGGAGCGGGCCUCGGCAUUCCGACCAUGCCACGCAGGAAGUCCGCCUAUGAUGUGUUCGCCCCCGGGCUGACGCAAGGUGGUGCCACUCCUGCCACGCAGCUGCAGAGAUCGCCCGGCGAGGGUGGCAUCAUGCCGCCCAUCCAGCUGCCCGGAUCCAGGCGACCCUCGUUCCGGGUGCCACAUCCCUCGGAGGACAUCCAGAACGACGACUCGCCCGGCUCGCCGGAUAAGGGCAGCCCCGUCCUGACCGUCGACGAUGACCGGCGGAUGCGGCGACGCGGAUCGCAGCUACCCGAUAUAGCGAUGCUGCAGAAUCGUGGUGCCCUGCCUGCGGUUCCGCCCUCCUCGAUUCCGCCGCCCAUGGCUUCAUUUACGGGCCCCAAUCUGGAGGAUUUGGAGGCGCCGCGACGGCAAACAUCAAUGGACGGCGAGGCCAUACGGAUCGUUAUUCACGACGUGGAUUCGGGGCCGAUUUGUGCAUCUAAGCGGCGCAUCAUUCUGCGCCGAGAUCCCACGGACAAGGCGCACCGCACACGUGGCUUUGGAAUGCGCGUCGUCGGCGGAAAAACAGGAGCCGAUGGCCGUCUCUUCGCCUACAUUGUGUGGACCGUUCCAGGAGGAGCGGCCGAGAAGAAUGGCCUGCAGCAGGGCGACAAGAUACUCGAGUGGAAUGGAAUGUCGCUGAUCGACCGAAGUUUCGAGGAGGUGUGCUCCAUCAUGGACCGAACCGGAGACGUUGUGGAGCUUCUGGUGGAGCAUGCCACGGACUUCCGGAUGUGCGAUCUCUUCGAUGAGAACCUACCGCCCGGCAAUGCCGGUGGCCAAAGCGGACCUCGGAGAUCCGGAGACGGUCCCGUCGGACUGGGCCUCAUAGCGGAACCCGAAACCACCACAGACAAAUCACCAGCAUCGCCAACUAGACGGAAAUUACCAAAAACUCCGGAGCAAAUUGCCCGCGAGAAGCUGGUCACCGGAAGGGUUCAGAUCCAGGUUUGGUACCAUGCGGAGCGCAGCGAGCUGGUCGUCUCCCUGAUGGCCGGCGACGACCUGGCACCGCGGGAUGAGGCCUACGGACAUGGCAAUCUGCCCGAGGCGUACGCCAAGGUCCGCAUUCUGCCGAAAUGUGGAGAUGGCAGCGUGCAACAAACGGAGGUCAGCCGACCCACACAGAAUCCCAUUUGGAACGCUACACUGACCUUCGGCCAUGUGAAGGCCGACACCUUGAUGGUUCGCUACAUAGACAUUCAGCUGUGGGACCUGGUACCCCACACCGAGUCCAUUUUCCUGGGCGAGUGCAGCAUCGAGCUGCAGCAGGCCUUUCUCGAUGACCAGGCAAUAUGGUGCCGCUUGGAGGAUACGAAGGGGCUGCGUGGCAUAAGCAUUAGCAAAUCACCGAGUGUAUCGCCACGUGGCUCGAUUGCAGCCGGCGCAGGGGCGCCCAGUGGCGAUGUGACCCGGUUGCUGCGUCGCGACUACAAUAUGCAGCGCUCCAACUCCGAUGACGUAGACUCCAUCGGAGAUGGAACUUCACUGCUGCAUCCGGAUCACGCCUGGAUAGCUGGCUCGCGACGCGGUUCCUCUCAGUCGGAAACCAUGGAGGUGGAGGUCUACCAGCUGGGCAAGGACUUCUCGCGCUCAUUGCCGGGUUCGCGUCGAUCGAGCUUCCAGGAUGCCGAAAAGAAUCGGCUGGAGGAGGACGCCAUGGCCACGCCGCCCACCUCUUAUCUGGUGGGCCGGCGCCGUUCGUCCGUGGCUCGGCGCGAUCCGGAUGAGAUCUUGAAAUCCUUGAAGGCUGUCCGCGGUGAGCUGGGGCGCACCAUGAGUCUGGGUACCGAGCAGCACAAGCGCAUGGGAUCGAGACCCACAAUAUCGGUGUCGCAUUAUCAAAGCUUUGACACACCCUACACAAACUGGACAAAACACUAAACGAAAGCCCAGCAAAGCCACACAGAACUUAAUUAAAUCGAAAAUCAAAUAAACUAAAGCACUAACUAAAGCCACUUAUUUAAAGCCCUCAGCACCUGUCAGUUACUCGUAAUUCUUUUGCUUAAUCUAAUCUAAUGAAAAGGGAUCACUCUCGAGUGGGCCAACAAUCACCACACUGCACCACCAGAGCAACCAACCACAAAUGGUAGAAAACAGAAAGCCAAAAAAAAAAACCAAAAACCUUAAACCCUUUUGUAAGAUAUACAAGAAACCAACAUAAACUAGAAAUACCUGCAAAUUGAGCUUAGCAGCAAGUAUUUAACAGACAUAAAAUGCAAUAAAGCAAGAACUACAGUAUGUACCACACUAGAAACACCACCAAAACAUCACUCACCACUGGUGCCAGUCGCGUUGGAUUGCCGAGCGGACCGAGUAGCCGGAAGAGUUCCGUCUUAGAUUUGUCGCAGCAGCAUCAGCAGCAGUUGCAGCAGCUGCAGCAGUUGCAGUUGCAGCAGCAGCAGUACCUGCAGCAGCAGCUGCCCAUGGGAGUGGGCAAUGCCGACACCAGUCCACCGUCCGAAGACGAGGAUAAGCGCUACAGGCCGCGCUGGAAGGGAUCGGUCAGCCAGUUGCCGCCGCAGAGUCCCAAGCAGGCGCUAUCCCGGCUCAAGCAGGCCGCAUCCGCGUCGAACGUGGCCCAGGACACGCAGCGACAGGGCCAACUGCUGACCACCAACCCACUGCAGCAACGCAAGAGCAGCAUGUUCCAACUGGGCGAGUCCCAGGCAUCGCCCCCAACGACCACCACCACCCACUUGCAGCGGAAGGGCAGCAUGUACGUCGCCAAGGUCACCGAGACACCGCCCCACGGUACGCCCACCCGAAAGGGCAGCGUCUACCAGAGAAGCGUAGUGGGACUGAGUGUGGAUAGUCCCGGAGCGGAUAGCCCGCAGCGCAAGCAGAGCGUGGUCAAGACCCUCAGCGGCAGCUAUGUCAACAUAUGCCCCCUCACGGGUGGUGAGUCCAGCUAUGGCCUGAAGCUCGGACCCUCGCAGAUCCAUCCCAAGGGCUACCGCCUGACCACCGCGAGGUACGGCGAGCUGAAGAUGGGCUUCCUGAAGAUCAAGGGCAACGUAGAGGUGGAGCUAAUCUGCGCCCGUAACAUUGUCAACGAGGACUGCGAAACUCCGCCGGACACGUACGUGAAGUGCUACAUCAAGGACGGGGACCGCCUGCGCCACAAGAAGAAGACGCGUGUGGUGCGCCACGCGGCGGAACCGCUCUACCGCCAGACCAUUAAGUACCAGAGCUCGGACGUCUUUGGCCGCAACAUCGUCAUCAUGGUGUGGCAGCGGUGCGUGGGCUUCGAACACAACCAAGGACUGGGCGGCACGGAGGUGAAUCUGGACAAGCUGAGCAUCGGCCAGCCCAUCAGCGGAUGGUACCCACUUUUCCCGAUGCACAGCUACGGAGGCUCCGACUCGGACAACUCUCCCUGACCGAACAACCCGGUAAUCGCAGUCCACAUGCAGUGCCGUAAUCGCCUGGAGUCGGACGUGAUCGGAGUGCCACUGCACUCAGCUCAAUUUGUUAGCGCCUAAGUUAUGGACACCAUAUACGCGUACACUGUUACCCAAGAUAUCCAUCCCCACACCCCCCCCCCCCCCUGUAUGUAUUAGUCAUAGUUAAAUGAGCUUAGCACUUUAGGCUGGCAGGUGGAAUCGGGUCGGGUUAUGUUAAACUACACUAAAUUAAAUACAUUAUUCGUGGUGAGAGAGCUUUGUAAGUAGGGUACACAGAUAGGACAGCACCAGGAUGGGGAAUGGGAAUGGGAAUACGAAGAAUACCCAUAUCAGACAGCACAAUAAUUGAGGAAUCGCAGUACCAGAGGCAUAUUUACUCGCGUUUAUAUAUUUUUGCUUGUUGUGUUUGCGAAAUUUUAAUGUUGUUCGCAUUUGAACGGAAGUGGAUUAGUGGAAAUACAUAUAUGUGGGUAUGGAAAAUGGAAACGAAACGGGCACCAAAACAAUAAUGUCGAAACUUCGAGGCAACGAAGUGGGUGGAUCUUUCGCCCACAGAGAGGGAUUUAAAGCUUGGUAGCUGACAAAUGCAUAUUUAUCCGUGUAAGUGUUAGUUAAGUGUUGCGCAGAAAAAAAAAAACCAAACCAAAACCAAGUAGGCUAGCCCCAACUAUCUGUACAGCUGAUAACCCCGCCAAGGUUUCAACUGCUCCACGAACUGGAAGUCCGAGUAUCUGGACAACUGAAGGUCUCUAUCUAUGAGUAUCUGAAUCUCUGCACAUCUGAAUGUCUAGUAAUAUCGCAAAAUCGGGAAACCAAUCAACGGAAUCUAGUUUAAAUCGACAAUCUUAAUGGGUGUGUGCUUGUGUGGGUGCGAGAAUUGAGUGCGAUUAAAGCGUGAUUAAGACGAAUUUACUGUAGUCAUUUUAUGGUAGGACAUUGGUUGCAACACAGCAUGGUUGAAGAUUAAAGACACCCCCUUCUCCACUUCUUCAAACUCUCCAAACGCUUCAGCCACUCAAACAGGACAAUCUCGUGUAGUGAAAAGUGAAAAAUUUACAUUUUCGGAACUUGUGUAUAAAUCUAAUAUAUCUAAUCAGCGUUCUGCCAAGCGACUUGGAGUUUCAAACUAAGAUUACAAACACAUUAGAUUUAUUUAUACAACGCCUACACUUCAGUCUUACUACCUAGAGUACUUAAACUGCGAACAGUUUGUGGAACUUUUACGGUCCUACCACUUUUACCGCCACUUACGUUGGCUAAAAUGUCCUUAAGCUCUCUGUAACCAUGACGGCAACUAUAUAGUAUGUGUAUCUAUAUCUGUAUCUGUUCAAGGGCAGCCGCGGGCCUUCCUUAUUGUUAGAUGUUGCUUUAAAGAUCCCAAGAGAGAAAUACUUAGUAGCAGAUAAUCCAUUGUUGUAUCUUGUAAGUACUUGGUAACUGUCAAGGUAGUCAGGGUAAAAGAUAUAUACUCGUACUCGUAUAUAUUAUAUUCCUGUGUUUCUUCGGUUGGCUAAUUACUAUUCACAAUCUGGCUGUUGUUUGAUAUACCUAGUUGGGUAACGAAAACUAAAAUGGUUGUGCUAUCUCAAAAUUAAAACUACUUAUUAAUGUUCUAAAUUCGGCACAGUGCGCUGUAUCAAAUACUCUUAGGUAUGUUUGGUCUUUUCUACUUGCUCUAAUCUACGACUACUAUUAUUGUACUUAUUGUACUUGGCCGGAGGUGGGCAUCGAGUACUUUGAUAUCUGUAAAAAUAACACCAUAUCAGCGUGUAGCGUUGGGCUGGAAUCUGGGGAGGAUUGCGCUUCAAAAGUGCCGAGAGGGCUGUAGCAAGGCUUAUAAGAAUACAAAUCCACUACUUGUUAAAGAAUAACUUAGCCAUUACCUGCGUACACUAUGUAAAACAAUAUACAAUACAAACAUGAAUAUGAACGUACAUAUUAUAUAUAUAUACUAUUAUAUUUAAAAAAAAAACUGUAGAAAAACCAAAAGAGACCCACACUAUAUGUAUAUCAAAUUGAGUUUCAAUAAACAUCAAAUAUUU